UAUGAAGUAAACAAAGGAGAACUUUUGAGAUGUAAGUCUCAUUCGGCUUAAAUUGUAUAGUUUAGUCUAAAUUCAGCAUUAAGUAGUAUUAAAUCGAACAGAAAUAUGGCAAGUUUGCAGAAAUUAUGAUAUACAAUGUUUGGAAACAAUAAAGAGAGCGACUAAGAAUAUAAUUACUAUCGUCGCAGACACGUAUUUUAUUUUUAUCAUUGUAUCAAUCAAAAAAUUUGUAUGAAUGUUUGAAAUGCAUUAAAGUGAUAAAGACAGAUAACAAAAAUUUUGAUUGUAUUGUUUACAAGGUUCACAUUCAAAAAUACAACAGUCAAACUAACGAUAACAGUAUCUGCAGUGCAUGCAUAAGAAGAAAUACAUUUGUUGUAUUUCGUGGAUAACAAAGCUGUCGUUAAUAAGAAGAUUUAUAGGGGCCAUCAGAAAUAUGAGUCAUCCAAAUUUGCCUAUUGGAUGUAAAGUGCUGUCGUGGCUUCAUGCAAAAUGCUGCCCGCGACUCCAUAUAAACCGAAUAGUUUUAUACAAGAUAUCAGUGCUUGGCCUUACUUAUGCCUCGUAUAUGUGUUAUCAUAUGACAAGAAAAACCUUGUCUGUUGUUAAGUCUGUGCUGCACCGAAAUUGCUCCGAUUUACCAGUGCCUCAUGGAAUUCAUUUAAAGAUGCCUCCAGAUGAAACAUGGUGUGACUACCCUCCUUUUGAUGGACCUGAUGCAUCAACUUUAUUGGGCACAUUAGAUUCUGCAUUCCUUUUCAGUUACGGUAUAGCAAUGUUUAUAUCAGGAUUUGUGGCGGAACGGGUCUCAUUGCGUUAUUUUUUGACUCUCGGAAUGCUCUUUUCCGGAAUAUUUUGCUACUUGUUUGGAAUGGCAAAAGUAUAUGAUAUUCAUUCACUGAUGUAUUUUAUGGUUGUGCAAGCUCUAGCUGGUAUUUUUCAAACUACUGGCUGGCCAGGAGUCGUCACUUUGGUUGGACGAUGGUUUGGAAAAUCAAAGCGGGGACUUAUAUUUGGAAUAUGGAAUAGUCACACAUCAAUCGGCAACAUAUUAGGAUCAGUUAUUGCUGGUUAUUACGUUGAGAAAGAUUGGUCGUUAUCAUUUAUCGUUCCAGGCUUCAUAAUGGGGCUUGUUGGCUUUGUAAUAUUUUUGUUUAUUGUUGAGGACCCUAGUAUUGCUGGACUCAACAUUGAUGCAGAGCCAAGACCACGAAGAAAUUCUGUGGAGUCAGGACAAAUAUCCAUUCAUGAUGAGUGUGAAGCACUGUUAACGGAACAACAGGAUAUCAAUGUGCGUAUUGUAAAUGAUAGAGCUCCUGUCAACGAAAGAAGUCCAAUCUUAAGUAGAAAUCGUCGACCAGAAACAGAGCAAGGUGCAAUCGGAUUCAUAGGUGCUUUAAAGAUACCGGGAGUUGUUGAAUUUUCGCUUUGUCUCUUUUUUUCAAAGCUUGUCAGCUAUACAUUCCUGUUUUGGCUACCACUAUACAUCCAAUCUUCAACAUCAAUGAGUGCACAAUGGUCAGCAAAUGUAUCCACAGUUUUUGACUUUGGUGGCAUCCUUGGUGCAAUAUUAGCAGGAUUUAUUUCUGACUAUACUGGUAUGAGUGCACUCACAUGUACUAGCAUGUUGUUUUUGACAGCACCACUUCUCUUUAUAUACGAGCAAUUUGGUACAGCGAGUCUUUUUGUGAAUAUUUUCCUUUUAUUCAUAUGUGGAUGCUUUGUAAAUGGACCAUAUGCCUUGAUUACAACAUCUGUGAGUGCAGAAUUAGGGACUCACAGCUCCCUACAGGGUAACUCUAAAGCUUUGGCUACUGUGACUUCGAUUAUUGAUGGAACAGGUUCUCUUGGAGCGGCAAUAGGACCUUUAUUAGCUGGUGUAGUAUCUAGUACUGGAUGGGAUAAUGUAUUUUACAUGUUAAUUUUUUCUGAUGUUGUAGCGUUGUUUUUACUUUUGAGAUUAGUUAAGAAAGAAAUAGAUCAAAUUAGAAGAAGGAACGCACGGAUUGAGUAAACAGGGCGCCGACAUCUUUUCAAACUAAUGAAUAAAUUAAGAAAGUAGAAAGGAUCUCGAACUUUAUUAAUUUGACCGUUAUCUGAGAAAGACAAGAUUUCUUUGUUAAUGUUCUUAGGUUUCAUGUUUUCUCAUUAUUAUUUAUGUUACGUUACGAAUAUUAGAUUAACAUCCAUACAUACUUAUUAAAUUAAAUAGUUUUUGUAAACCUAUUUGUAAAUAUUUCAUAAUUAUGAUAGUAAAACUUGCCAAAUAAUAAUGA